AUGCCCACUCAGCGCCAGAGAGGCACUGGCAGCCACUUGCUCCUCCUCAGAACUCCACCGGACUGCCCUCCCGAUCACGACCCGUACCGCACCGCCCUCCCUCGCUCGUGGUCGUCCGCCUCGGUGCAGGUCCUCGACACGGCCUUUCCUCACCCGCACUUGCUCCAACAAGAGCUCGACAACCUCCACCACAACCACUACGACGCCGUCGUCCUCACCUCGGCCCGCUCGGUCGACGCCUACCGCCAACAGCUCGCCCACGACCCCGCACCUCCCUCACCUCCCUCGACCAUCCCCUUCUUCGUCGUUGGCCAGGCCACCCACGACGCCCUCGCCCCGCUCGUCCCUCCCUCGACCCCGAUCCUCGGCGCACGCGAGUCCGGCACGGGCGAGGCCCUCGCGCACUUCAUCCUCGACCACUUUGCCCGCUCGCCCCCUCCCUCCUCCUCGAGCGCACCGCCGCUACGCACCCGCCCCACCCUCUUGUACCUCACGGGCGACAAGAACCGCGACACGCUCCCGCGCCUCCUCGCCGACGGCGGCAUCGCCGCACACGAGCUCCAGGUGUACGCGACGGCCCGGGCGCCCACGUUCGAGGGCCAGCUCGAGCGCGCGCUGCGGCGAGCGGCGGGCGAGCGGGUCGGCAACGACGAGCGAGAGGGAGAGAAGGAGCUCGAUGCGGCGACGACGGCGACGCGGGACGUCUGGGUCGCGCUCUUCUCGCCCUCGAGCGCCCGCGAGGCCCUCUCGGCCUUGCGCUCCCUCGGCGCGCUCCCUCCCCUUCCCUCCUCGACACCCUCGCCUCCCUCCUCAUCACCGAGCUCGCCCGACCCCUCGCCAUUCGCGCACCUGCGCAUCCGCCUCGCCGCCAUCGGCCCCGUCACGGCGCGCUUCGUCGCCGAGCACGCGCCCGACGUGCGCGUCGAGGCGGUCGCGAGCCGGCCCGAGGCUGCGGCGCUCGUCGGUGCGGUGCUCGAGGCGGCGGGACGGACGCAAGAGGGGGCUGGAGCGGGCGACGAGGAGCGAGAGGAGGAGAAGCCGAGGGCUGAGUAG